CCGUCAGUUUAUCCAGAACCGUCGCAGCUAGAGCAACACAUUCGAUCAAAAUGAAGGCAAUCCUGUGUGCAGCAACUCUACUAGUCAUCGCUAUAUCGGCUGUCCAGUGCAAUCCGAACUUCCAGCAGCUAAUGAAACAGUGCAUGGAUGAGACGAAGCUAACGGAGGCCGAGCUGAAGGAGUUCAUGGGCAGCGGCAUGAACGGCAAUGCCAAUGAGAAUCUCAAAUGCUAUUCCAAGUGCCUGAUGGAGAAACAGGGUCACCUGGUCAAUGGCCAAUUCAAUGCGGAGGCCCUGCUGAACACCUUGAAGAAUGUGCCGCAAAUGAAGGACAAAAUGGGCGAAAUCACAUCCGGCGUGAACGCCUGCAAGGACAUGAAGGGCGCCAACGAUUGCGACACCGCUUUCAAGAUCUUCAUGUGCCUCAAGGAGCACAAGGCCGUCAUGGGCGGCCACUAAAAAGGGAGUUGUCCCUAUGCAAAACAUGCACUCCUGGACUGCUCUGAGGUCUUUUAUAAAUGUUUAAUAAAUGUUUGUUGUUUG